AUGCCCGACUGGCAAGACGACCCCGCGCCCUUUGGCAACCUCCGCCCGCCCGCCAUAGAGGCCCUCGCCGGCAUCCUCUACUUGAAGCACGCCACCACUACCGGGAGCGCGCCGUCCAAAACGGAGGCCGCCUGCGCUAGCUGGCUGCACCAGCAGAAGCGCGCCGUCGCGCACCUCGACGACAUCUCCCUCCGGCGCCCACGCACCCUCUCCCUGCUGGGCGACGUCUUCUUCUUCUCCUCUGCCCGACACGGCAGCAGCAGCAGCACCGCCGCCGCCGUCCACGAGACGCUGCAGGCCGACGCCGCCGCCGCGCUGUGCCCCAGCCACAAGAGGCUUAAUCCGCGCGUGCUAGCCGCACUGCUGGCGCUCGUCGCCGACGAGGCGACGCGUCGGCUCGAUCGUGUCCGGGCGGCCCUACAGCAGCAGCAGCAGCAGCAGCAGCAGCAGCGAGGGGACGAGGCGGCGGUAGAACUUUGGCUGCGCAGCGCUUCGCGGAUCGCGGCGCUCUGGAUGGGAAAGAGGCGCUGGGAGGAGACGAUGCGUAGGCCGCUGGACGUGGGCUUGCCGCCGUGCGCGAGGUACGGGCGCUGCGCGGCCUGCAAGCUGGCCGUCAUUGGCGGCUCCCCGCAGUUUCUCAUGGACCUCCGGACGAGCCUUGUGGCGCGGCACGAGCAUGCGUGCCGCAGCAGCGCCGCGGCGGGAGCUCGGGCACCGCCGCCGUUGCUGCGCAUGGUGGAGGCCUGGAUCGACGUGUGCUACCCACGGCAUCGUCGGCAGCACAUUCGCCGCGAGAGCGACCUGAUGGCCGGCGCUGUGCUCCGGCUGCGUCUCGGCGGAAGCGUGGCCAAGAAGAGCUGCGCGCCGUCGUCGCGGAGGACGCUCCGCGCGGCGUGGCCGGCGCGCAUCUCGCUCUUGGUGGAGGCUGAUGUGGAGGAGUUGCUCGGAAGCGGAAGUGAUGGAGACGAGGACGGCGGGGAGCUUGUUGUCGAGUAUGCGCCGGGGUGCCGGCAGAGGUGCAAGAGGUCGACGCCCGCCAAGGAGGGCUACUCGCAGUAUCUUCCGGCGAGCGCCUUUAUGGGGCCGGAGAGGUCCUCGGCGGCGGCGAGGCGCCCGGGAGAGCAGUCCAAGCCGCAGCAGCAGCAGCAGCCGUCGCGAAGCACCAACCGAGCGAAAACCAACGUGCCCCGCGCCACCGCAGCUUCUUCACCGCCUCCACCUGCUCCUCCUCCGGUCCGCACCUCUGUCCACAACGAGGCCUCCACCACCAACAUGGCCGAGCCGCCCUGGGCCACGGCCGACUACGACCCGCCCGCGCUGGCCAAACCAUCAUCAUCACCAUCCCUCGCCUCCACCUCGGCCGAGCUGGCCGCCAUCUACGACGCCUACCGCGGCAGCAGCGGCGGAGGGGACACGGCGAGUCUCGGCUCGCCAGCAGCGUCGCUCUUCACACGAGGUAUGCCAGCAGCAGCAGCAGCAGCACCGGGCACGGUGUCGCCGCCCACGCCGUCCGAGUUUAGCAGCAAUCCCAUGGAAAAUGCCGCGCCGACGCAACCCAACGACGGGGGGAAUGAUGAUGCGUCGCUGCGCCCACCGCCGCUGCGCACGCGGCCUCGGAGCGGCAUACCAGUCCCAGUGCGCAUGGCGGCCGGACGGACGCCCGUGCCGCCGCGGGAUAGCGUGCAGUCGAUGACUUCGACCAUUUUGCUGGGGUACGGCUUGUGCCGAAGGCGACGGGCGGCGCUGUAA